GGUUGCCCAAAUCUGUCUCCGUAGGAGGCGGUUGACACCGUUCCCAGUAUUCCGUGAGAUGUAGUGAGCUCCUUAUCCAGAAACUACAACUCCCAGGGUUCUGCGCGCUCCCGGGGGGGGGCGGGGCUUCCUGGCAGCGACUCCCGCGAAGACGUGAUGGCAGAGGGACCGAGAUCUCCGUACCGCUCGCUGUACAAACUUGUGGGUUCCCCGCCUUGGAAAGAAGCCUUCAGGCAGGGAUGCCUGGAGAGAAUGAGAAACAGCCGGGACAGGCUCCUGAACAAAUACCGCCAAGCUGGAGGCAAUAUGCCAGGGAGAGGUCAGAACACCCUGCUAGUGCAAGAGGUGAUGGAAGAAGAGUGGAACGCUUUAAAGCACUUGGAGGAGAGGUGUCCAGAGGUCAUGGCUCAGUUGGAGGAGCCAGUGGACUUGGCUGUGCUGGAGGAGAUCCAACAGGAGCUGAUUGACCAAGAACAGUCCAUCAUCAAUGAGUAUGAGAAGAGCACGCAGUUCGAUGAAAAGUGUCUCAGCAUCAUACUGGCUGAGUGGGAAGCAAACUCCCUCAUCUGUCCUGUCUGUACAAAUUUAUUGUCUGAAAAGGUUUGGAGAUCCAGGUCUGCUGGCCGUGAUGCUCUGGGAUCUGUUUCUAGGUACAACCUGAGAGUAACAAGCGGUGUGGUCAUGUGUCAGUGUGGCCUCUAUAUCCCAUCUCAUUCUCCAGAGUUGACAGAGCAAAAGCUUCGUGCUUUUCUAGAGGACAGCGUGAAUGAGCACAGUGCACAUUGUCCCCACACACCUGAAUUUUCAGUCACUGAAGGGACAGAAGAAAAGCCCACUCUUCUCAUGAGCUGUCUGGCUUGUGAUACCUGGGCAGUGGUCCUCUAGAGCAACCCUGACUCCGCCUGCUCACUGUGUCGGAAACUUCCUGGUCCAUCUGGGAGGCCUUGUAAAUACCAAGCUUUUAUUUAUGACUUGCUUUGUAUGAAAACUUGUCAAAUGUCUCUGCUCUUGGUGUUUUGUGGGGAAGGAAUAUAAAUAGACAAAUCACCUUGGA